AUGCCGCUCGGGAAAUUACGCCGCGAUACACGCGGCACUCAGCUCAGAGAUAGUGGCGGAGCGAUGCCGUGGGCGCUGGGCGGGGCUGGCUCCGGCCACGGGUCCACGUGUAUCGUGUGCGUGGACACCCGACACGCGGAGGCUGGUGCAUUCGAUAUUUCGGUGUUGUGUGACUAUGACUGCGCCACGCGUCGCUCAUCCCGGCGCAACGGAUGGAUA